GUGGCCUGGAAGAAAUUUAAAGCCUCACGAGGAGAGAAACAGAUCAGGCUGGUUGAAAAGAAAUAUUAAAACUUGAAGAGAAGCACAGAUUUGAAAAUGUCAACACCCCGGCUUGAUCCAUGCCCAAUAAUCCAGAUUGAGCGUUUGCAGAACGUUCACCUGCGGCGCACCUAUGAAGCCCAGAAGAAGCACAUUUCUGAUAAGAACGCACAGGAGGGAGGAGCAGGGAAGAAACUUCUGUACCACGGGACGACCCGGGAAAACUGUGACUCCAUAGUGAAAACUGGAUUCAACAGGAGCUUUGCUGGGCAAAAUGCAACUGUAUACGGUCACGGGACCUACUUUGCUGUAGAUGCCAACUACUCGGCUCAACCCACCUACUCCAAGCCAGCUGCUGAUGGUUCUCAGUUAAUGUUCGUCGCACGAGUCCUCACAGGCGUCUACACUCAGGGCCAAGCUACCAUGAAGGUGCCUCCACCUCGAAACCCCCAGCAGUCUCAUGACCGCUAUGACAGUGUGGUAGACAGAAUAAAUAACCCCAGCAUGUAUGUUGUGUUUCAUGACAACCAAGCGUACCCUGAUUACCUCAUCACAUUCAAGUGAGAGUAAAGGAAAAGUUUUUUCCACUGUUUAUAAAUGAAAGUGUCUGAAAAAUCAAUUAGGACUAAUAUAAAAGUUGCAUAUGGAAUUGUCACUGUCACCGACCUAGCUGAACAGUAGCUGCUUCUAAUGAAAUUAAAAGUUACAUAUAUGUACAUAAACACUGGAAACAUAUUACACAAUUAUGCAGGUUUUAAUCUUUUAUUUGGUUGAUCUUCUUUCAUCUUCACCUUGCCAAGUGUAAAGUGCU